AAAACAUUCUGAGGACCAUCUUACCCUUAUUUGCUAAUGGUUUUUGUUUAGUAACCUGGAACAAAUAUUAACUGAAUUUUAAUCCAAUUUUAGGACUGGCCUUGCGCGCGUCCAUGCUUCUCAUAUUUGAUUGGUCAAUUUUUAAACAAUCCGCGUUCCUGAUUGGUCCGUUGCCUUAACCGCUGUUCUUCAAAUUUUGUCGUUGAUAAUACUAGACACACGGAAUAUUCAAAAGGACGUUCUAUACGGGCACAAGUUUGCAAUGUUAAUAAUCAAGUAAUCUGCCACAGGCCUGCCUGCAAGAAGCUGUAAUUCAGUAGAAGAUCAAUGACAGAAAAGUUAAAUCGUUGCUGGUUGCGCUGGAGGGUUAUAAGAAGAUUUGAAAAGUAAAUUUUGUAUUAGGCCACCCUGUCGGCCUUGCCACAGAGAUGGCUUCCAGUGGAAUGCAAAGUCACCCAAGGAUAAAAUGGGACCUUCCUGCAAACGUUUUUCAUAUCCCAGAAUCUUUGACUGCAUCUCAUUCUUCUGAAGCUGUUCUUGAACUUGCCUGUUUCGUCAAACCUCCGACAUUGUCUUUCGAGAGAGUCAAAGUUGGAACAACAUGCGUCAAGACACUGAAAAUCGUUAACCCUGGUACAGAAAGAGAAACUGUUAUUCUAGAAAAGUUCCCGAGUGCAGAGACCGGUCUCGCUAUAGUUUCUCCUUGUGAAGAAAACUCUUCAACCUUCAAUCUUGAACCUCAGGAGGAAACUAAGAUCACAAUCUCAUGGCAUCCUCUAGUCGCAGGCAGUUCACGCCACCUCGUCACAUUCAAGUGGCUCGGAGCUCAAAAACUUCAAGUUGUUUUAUUGGUAUCUUCGUAUGAUCCAAAUGAAAGGAAGAACAAGGCAAAACGAUUUGGAAACCGUAAGGUUUUACGUCCAACUCAAAGGCAAAAUAUCCUUGAAAAGAAAGCACCCAAAAAAAAUGAAAAGUUUUUUUGCAACUAUAGACAUAUUCACCCAGAUAUUGGGUCAGGGUAUAAAAGUCCAAGUGAAGACAAACUAAUGGAUGCAGCCCCAGACACACCUUCAAGACGUGCAACAUUCAAUGUUGUGCAGCCAACACUUGGCAUGAAACAGGAAGUGGAAGAUUACAAAGAGGGUAAAGAGAACAAAGAGCCAGUGUUAGAAUCAGAGAAUACUGCACGAGCCACAUUCAUGGUAGGAAAGAAUACUGAUUUGAAGGAAGAUUCCAAGAAAUGCCUUAGCAGUAACCCAGAUAAAAAACAAAGCAAAACAGAGGUGCAGAAAAAGUGCUUUGAAGGGCUCAACAAUAUUGCACAAAAAAGAAAAACCAACGAAAGUGCCUUUGAUGAAAAUAGUGUUAUGAUAGGUAACACGUUUCAUGAAAGUGAGAUCAGGUUAUCCAGCUCACCUAUUAAGUGGUAUGAAAGAUCCAAAAUAUCAUUGCAUUCAAACAAUGAUUUACAUCCGGGACAAGUUGUGAUGAAUGGUGAGGUGAAGCAUGCCUUUAUUCCAUAUCCUAGUUUUGAUAACACAGAUACAUUCUGGAACAUGGAGAUGUCUACAGCAAACAAGCACAAACUGCCACCACAAGACGAGUCUCUUUCUUUUGGUUCGGCUGCAUCAAGUCUUUUCACCAUCACGCGCGAAGAAAAGUUCUCUUCUGUGCUUGAACCAGUCAAUAAAUCCACUAGCGUCUAUGCAACACCGAUUGGUGGACAGUUAAAUUCAGUAACCACUGUCAGUACAAACACUGGAGACGAAAUCUGUGAAGAAACCUUGGUUGUGAACAAUGAAGCGAGAAAAGAAAACGGCACGUUUUGCAUAGAAGACAAUAAGAAUGCAAAUGAAAGUCAAGAUAAGAGGGACAUGGUAGCAAAAUGGGGAGAUUGUGGAGAUCAUGGCAACCACCUUGAACCAUCUGAAAAGGCUGCAGCUGGUAAAGAGGGCAGAAACGUGAACACUGAGCUUAAAAAGGCACCUACUCCCGUUAGAGAAAAUGCAGAGCCAUGGCAUUGCGAAAAUAUUAACUGUGAAGUAACUCAAAAUAAAGAUGAAUGCAUUGAAGAUGACGAAACCAUAAAAGUGCUGGAAGUUUCAACCAAGGAAACUGAAAGUUUUGAAGAACUGGAUAAAAACAGAAUGGCAAAAAUUAGUGCUAAGGCCGAUAUUGCGGAGUCUUCAAUAGGUGAUGAUGCAGAGAGCGUGGUUGACAGGAAGCAAAUUAAAGCGUCUAUUGAUUUGCAAAAGAAUUUAAUGAAAAUGUCAAAUGUUGCGAAAAAGAAGAUCAGAUCAACAAAUGUUCAUCAAAGCAAAGAGCUGUGCUCUUCCUUGCAAAAGCAAAGAGAAAAAGCGAUGCAACCAAGGGAUUUGGCGGUUCAGCGGAAGCCAAAGGAAAGUGCAUUGAGACAGUCUAAAGACACGCCCAAGUCAAAAGGGAAACUUGAAAGGCAAGUCGCCGACACAAAGUUCAAGGCCUUUUCAUUGCCAAGAAAAAGACCAAAUGAUGCAGGGCCUCGGGCAACUACCACGGUGAAGCCAAGUAUUGCAGUAAAAAAAUUGAAGCUGGAAAAACCAAAGCAAGGAAAGAUUGCAAAACACCCAAUGCCGUACGCAGCAAAAAAUAUGUUUUAUGAUGAAAGGUGGAUAGAAAAGCAAGAGACAGGGUUUAAAAAUUGGUUGAAUUUUGUGCUGACAGCGCCAGAUGAUGGAGAAGAUUUGGCAAGCGAGGAGAAAAGAGGAAAACUUGCAUUGGAAUCGGACUCGAAUCAGCCAGUCGCCCCAACAAAAGAGGUGUUGUCCUUUAGAAUGUAUGCGGCAAGAAGAAGAAUGGCGAAACUUAGAAGAGAUGCUUGUUCGUUGUAUCAAUGCGAUCAGCUGGCUACAGUCAUUCAAAAACUUGAGAGAGAAAUAGAGCAUGGCCGGCUUGCUAUACGUACCGAUCGACAAGUUGAUGCCGACUUAGGAGUGAGAAAGCACAUAGCUGACAUGCUUUUGUCUUUCAACCCUCUUUGGCUCAGAAUCGGACUCGAGGUUGUUUAUGGUGAAAUUAUCCCUAUGCCUAGCAGCGAGAGAGUUGCUUUGUUAUCUCGCUUUAUUCAUCGUCGUUUGCUUGGGAAUCCGGACAUUGCUGAAGAAUACUCACAUCCUUCUGUGCCCGGCCUUUUUAAACCAGGCUACGUUGAGGCACUUGGAAAAUUUACAUUGAAGAAACUGCUACUCCUCGUGAUUUUCCUUGACAAAGCAAAGAACGCCAGGCUUAUGAGCCAUGACCCAUGUCUAUUUAACAAGGAUUCACAGUUUAAGUCAACUCGCGAUAUGCUGCUGAUGUUUUCACGUGAUUAUUUGCAUCGAGAAGGUGACAUCGUGAAGCAUUUGACGUACUUAGGUUAUGCCGUGUCCCAUGUUCAGACCCCGCUGCAUGAGUUUGACUUUGGAGUGAACUCUUUGGCAGUUGAUCUACGCGAUGGGAUGCGCCUUGUUCGGGUCGUCGAACUUCUGACCAAGAACUGGAACUUGUCUACAAGACUGCGAAUACCCGCUGUGAGUCGUCUUCAGAAAGUUCAUAAUGUCGAGCUGGCUCUCACUGGCUUGAAAGAAGCAAACUUGGAUAUCAAAAAUGGUGCUAGCAUUGAUGCACGGUUUAUUGUUGACGGACAUAGAGAGAAAACUCUCGUAUUGCUUUGGAACAUUAUAUUCCAUUUUCAGGUUGAUGUCCUUCUUGAUGAUCUGAAGCUGCGUGAAGAAAUAGCUUAUUUAGAGAAGAGCAAUCGGUUAAUACAAGCUUACAGAAAUUUUGAACGUGACAAUCCAGCUCUUGAAAUACAACCAGAAUCUUUUGGGAAAGAUCUUAACCUUCAUUCGGAUAAACUGUCUCUAUUGCUCAAAUGGUGUCGCCUUGUUGGACAGCUUCAUGGAGUACAGAUUGAGAACUUUACUGUCUCUUUUUCUGAUGGCCGGGCAUUGUGCUACCUGUUGCAUCAUUAUCACCCAGCCCUGCUGCCUAAAGACGCAAUACAUGAUGAUACUUCAGUUACAUGCAGCAUUUCGAAAGAGGAUGAUCACGAUAUUGAUGAUAAUCUCAUCUAUCAAAACUGGAUCAAGCCAAGAGGACCAGGCGACUUAACUAAUACCAACCUGACAAUGCUUUUAUUGAACGAGAAGAAAAACUUUGGUCUUUUUUGUGAGAAGGUAAAGGAAAUCGGACCGAGCCCAGCAAUGAUCUUGACAUCUGAUAUGUCUAACACCAUUCCCGAUGAAAAGGUUGUGGUUGUGUUUCUUUCUUUCCUUUGUUCGCGUUUGCUUGAUCUUCGUGAGGAGAUUAGGGCUGCUCGCUGCAUUCAGCUGGCUUGGAGGCAUCAUCAGCUUAAAAAGAAGCAAAGCAAAUUCCAGAUUCAAAUAAGAGCUGUUAUCAAGCUGCAGUCAGUUGCUCGUGGCUUUUUGGAGCGAAAGCGUCGUGGAAAGAUGGAGCAAGCAGCUGUCAAGAUUCAAGCGCUCUGGAGAGGAUAUACGGUUAGAAGAAAAUUAUUGCACGAUAGAGAGUUAAACGAACUAGGAGAACGGGAAGCUGCUGCAGCAAAAAUCCAGGCUGUUGUACGUGGGUUCAUCAGCAGAAAUAAUUUGAGAAAAAAAAGAAUGGCCGCACUCCUCCUUCAGAAAAAUGUGCGCAUUUACUUGUUGGAGAAAUCAAAGCGCUUGCAGGAAGAAGCAGCUAUUAUUAUACAAAGAAGGUUCAGGGAAUCAAGCUUGGCUCGUACUGAAAGGUUCUUCUAUUUACGAAAGAGAGAAGCUACGCUCAAAAUUCAACGUGUUUGGAAGACGUAUCGCACUCGCAAGGUGUUUCUCGAAAUGAGAAAUGCCGCUAUUAGUAUUCAAAAGUAUUGGAGAACAUACCUAUGUAGAAAACGGUACAAGAACGUUAUGAAAUCCGUUAUUACGUUGCAAGCACACUGGCGAGCACAUUUGACUGCAACCAGAGCAAGAAAUGAAUUCCUUAGCAAACGGGCAUCAAUUAUUGUUCUACAGAGAGCCUUUCGAGAUUUCCUCGCCAAACAACGAGAGCAACGAGAACAUGCAUGUUUAUGCAUUCAAGCAUAUUUUAGAGGCUAUAAAUGUCGCAAGUGGUACAGUCAGUUGCGCAGGAGCGUGAUUAAGGUGCAAGCUAUCACAAGGAGAAAGAUAUGCCAAAGGGACUACAGGAAGUUAAGAGCGAAUAUUAUUUCACUUCAAAGGAUUCGCAAAGCCGUGUUACUUGGAAGACAGGCUCGUAAAGACUUCAAGAAGCAAAGAGAAGCAUGCUCAGUUCUUCAGGCAGCUUAUCGUGGUAAAAAGGCUCGAAAAGUGUUUCUGGAAAUGAAAGCCAGUGCGGUGCAGGUACAAUCAUUGUGGCGUGGAAAAAUGUUAAGGAAACGGUACCAUGCUGUAAAACAUGCUGUCCUAGUGAUCGAAGCUGCGCUGGUAGCUAAGAAGCAUAUGCAACUGCAAAGGGCAGAGUUUCAAUUGAUUAGAACCAGCUCCGUCAAAAUACAAGCAACGUUCAGAGCUUAUAGGCAGCGAAAGUGUUUUCUGCAAUUAAGGUUAGGUGCUGUACAAAUGCAAGCACUUUAUCGAAGUAACGUACAAAGGAAACAAUUUUUAUCGAUUAGAAAUGCAGCUACAAAGAUCCAGCGACGAUUUAGGGCCACAAAAGUUGGUGAAGUGGACAGAAGGAAGUACACGAAGCUGAAAUCUUCCUGCGUUUUCAUUCAAUCACUUUAUAGAUGCAAGCGUGCUAAACGAAGUUAUCAAAAGCUCAAGUCAGCUGCUCUUACUAUUCAGAGACGUUACCAUGCUAUGAAGCUAUCGCAAGCUGCACAGGUCCAUUUUCUAAUUACCAGAGCUGCUAUUAUCAGCAUACAAUCAGCUUACCGUGGGUACGCCACCCGUAAGGAGCUUCAGAUGCGUCAUUCUGCAGCACAGAAGAUUCAGGCAUUAGUCAGAAUGCAUAAGGCGAAAAGAGAGUAUUCUCGUUUGAAGAAGGCAGCUGUCUGUAUACAGAGGCAAUAUAGGGAACAAAUCAUGCUAGUUGCUGUCAAGGCAUUUAAAGAGUUGAGAAAUGCUGUCAUUUCAAUACAGGCUGCAAUGAGAGGAUUCGCCGUGCGUAAAGCAAUAAGGAAGACAAAACUUGCUGCUCUGAGGAUACAAGCAGUGUAUAGAGGUUACCGAGAGAGAAAACGCUACAGAGUCAUUCAGAGGGCAGUACUGACUGUCCAAAAGAAUGUUAGAGCUCAUCUUGUCAGGAAAGAAUAUCUUCACAUAAAGACGGCUACAAUUAAAGUCCAAAGAUUAUACAGGGGAUAUCGACAAACAAGGGCAGCAGUAGAGGAGUACCAGAAAAAGCUAGUUUUGGUGAUAAAGAUUCAGACAGCCAUAAGGGGCUUUUUAGCGACCAGGACCUUGCAUAAGAACAAGGCCGCUCGCAAAGUACAAGCUGCCAUGAAAGGGUUUGUUGAGAGAAAGAAAUAUCGCAACCUCAAGAGCUUAGUUGUAAAACUUCAAAGAAAUGUAAGGUUUAAGAUUGAAACAAAACAUAGGGAGAAGGCAGCAACUAGCAUUCAAUUGCGUUGGAAAGAAUACAGAAUUGCACGUCUCCAGCGCUGUCAGUUUAUCGAAAUGAGACAAUCUUGUGUUACUUUACAGUCACUGGUCAGGAAAUGGAUUAACAGAAGGAAUUUUUUGCUUACAAAGGAGGCCACCCUUGUAAUCCAGCGACGAUACAGGGCUCAAAAAGAGAUGAAGGUGAGUCGAAACAUGUUCACCAAGACUCGACAGAGAGCCAUUCAAAUUCAGGCCGCUUACCGAAUGCAUUGUGCCAAAAAAGAGUACAGGGCUAAACGAGAGGCUAUCAUUUUAUUACAAAGGCGUCUGCGAGAAGUGUUAGUUAUUAGGAAAUUGAAGCGUUUGGUCAAGGCUGCAUUAGCAAUCCAGUGUUGGUUCAGAGCUACUUCUAUGAUGAGAAGUCAACGCCACGAAUUUUUAUUGGCAAAAUCGUCUGCAGUCACGUUGCAGUCAAAUUUUAGGGCUAUGAGAGCACGAAAGAUUUACUUAUCGUCACGGAAAGCAGCUGUGAAGAUACAAUCGUGGUACAGAAUGGCUGUUGCCCGUAGGAAUUUUCUCAGAAAGAAGAGUGCAGCACUGGUUAUUCAGAGACGCUACAGAGCUUGUGUUGCGUGCCAGGAGCACUCUGUUUUCUACCAUUUCAUGCGGGGCGCUGCCAUCACAAUACAAGCUUCGAUCAAAGGUUUUUUGGCUCGGAAACAGUACUUGCAGAAAAAGAAGUCUGCGAGAAUAAUUCAAAGUGUUUUCAGAAAGUAUAUAGCGCAGAAAAGCUACAUGACACUGCGCCAGACAGCCAUUUUACUACAACGACGUGUAAGAGCCAAUUUGGUUAUGCGUGCUCAUCGCCAGAAUUUCCUUCGGAAAAAGUCGUCUGCAAUCGUCAUUCAAAGAGCGUUUAGAAAGUUUACAAGAACUAAGAAGGCUGUUGUUAUUGUGCAGUCUACAUACCGAAUGUUGAAACAGAGGAGAAUGUUUAUUAAAAUGCGCAACAGUUGCAUCAUCAUCCAGCGAUGGUUUGGCCAAUGUUUGGAAAGGAAAAAGGCCGCCAUUAAGUUACAGUCGCUCGGUAGAAUGAUUAUUUUCAGGAGGCUGUACAGAGAGAAGAUAGAAGCGUGUAUUAAGUUGCAGUCAGUCUUUCGAAUGCACUUUGCUAGGAAACGCUAUUCAUUACAACAGCAAGCAAUUGCUGUGAUACAGAGACGAUACAGAGCUCACGUCACAGGUGCCAUGCAGAGACAAAAAUAUCUAAUGAAACGACAAUCGUGUAGAGUCAUUCAGUCUGUAGUUAGAAUGUGGUUAUCCAGGAGCAGAUUUUUGAAGCUCAAGCACAGUACGUGUAUCAUUCAAGAGCACCAGAAAGCUUACAGCGCAAUGAAGAAACAGCGAACGAAAUUUCUCGCUUUAAAGGCUGCCGUUGUAGUAAUUCAGGCUAGCUAUCGAGGCUUUAAAACUAGGGUGUAUACAGAUAUGUUGCGUAAAAAGAAGUUGUUGGAAAGCCACCUCAAGCAAAUUAUAGAGCAGAGAGUCCUCUCUAACAGGCAAAGAGCCGCCACUAUGGUUCAGAAAAAUUUCAGAAGGUUCAUUGCUCAGAAGAAAUUUAUUUUACUCAAACAAUCAUCUGUGAGAAUUCAGAGAUUUUAUAGAGGAUAUCUGUUAACUGCUAGAGUCAGAAGCGAGUAUGAAGAUAAAAGACUUAAGGUCCAAAUAAUACAAAGGGCAUAUCGUUCUCAUCUUGCUAAGAGGCAGUUGUUGGUUUUAAAAGAGGAAAAAGAAAAACUGAACAAGGCCGCUGCACACAUACAAGCCAUGUUCAAAUGUUUUGUGGCACGUAAAGAGUUUGUAAAGAGGAAAAACGCCGCUUCCACCAUACAAAGAUGUUUCAAAUGCAUGCUGUUAUCAAGGCGUGUUAGGAAUGAAUAUCUGCAUUUGAAAACAUGUGCCGUCACGAUUCAGCUUGCAUAUCGCUCAUACGCCAUUAGAAAUUCCCUCGAAAAACUUAUUACGGACCGGAAAAGGCGACAACGUGCGGCUGCUGCUAUUCAAGCCGCUUUCCGUGGAUACGUGAUCAGGAAAGAAUUUCAGCGAUUGAAAAAAGCCACUUUAUUUGCCCAGAGUUUCUACAGAAGCGCUCGUCUGACGAAAAGCGCUAGAGUCAACUACAUUCACAUGAAAUGGGCUGUUGUGAGGAUCCAGACAGCAUAUCGCAAGUGCAGAGCAGAACUGCAUUUACGUGCGGCUAGAAGGAAGGAGUUAGAAGAUAAUGUUAUAAGGAUCCAGAGAAAGUUUAGGGCACAUCGAGAUAUGGUGCGAUGUAGAAUUGAAUUUCAAAACCUGCGCUCUGCUGCCAUAAUUAUUCAGCAUGCAUACCGUGCUUUCAGGCAACGGAAAUUGGCUGCAAGAAAAGCUGCGGCCAUGAGAAUCCAGACGGUGUUCCGAGCGUUCAGGCAGCGAAAGUGUCGAGAAGAGCGCUGGGCAGCUGCAGUUGUGAUCCAAAGGUGGUACCAUUCUACGACGCUGAUGAAAGAAGAAAGAGCGAAGUACUUGGGGCUAAGAGAAGCUGUACUGUGUAUACAGAAAUGCUGGCGAGGUUACCUUGUGCGAAGGAGCAUUGUCGAUCAGAAAGUUAUUCUUGCACGCGAACGGAUCAAUAGUGCGACCUCUGAAGCAACUGAACCAAAGAAACUGUGCAAUAGGACAAAGUCCGCUCUGAGUUACUUGCUGAACUGUAGAAAUGUGACUACAAUUUAUGAAGCUCUCAGAAAUCUUGAGGUUGCAACUAGACUUUCGGUAAAGUGCUGUGAAAGACUCGUAGAGGACAAUGCCUUGACAGUUAUAUUUCAGAUAAUGCGAAACUGCAACCGAAGUUUGCCGUCUAUCGAGCAGAUCAACAUGGCAUUGCUCGUUCUUAUAAAUGUAUCAAAGUGCCCCACUACUUAUAUGGCAAUUGUUGAAGAUGGAGAUUUUCUACAACAAAUUACGGAAAUUAUGGUAAACUUCAGAGAGAAGAAGAAAAUAUUUCCACCCUGUUGCCGACUUCUGUCGAUUUUGUGUCAAGAUGCUUCAGUUAGCAAGCUCUUGCGAAACAGUGAGGUCCAACUUAAGAAAAUUAAAGGCUUGUAUUCGCUGAUUGGUCGUAAAGCCGAAAUUGAACAAAAGCGAAAGAAUUCAAAAAUUCUUACAAAAGGAGUUUCCAGUAAGGAAGGGAGGGAAUCGCUUACGGUAACUGAGCAACUCAUUAGUAUCAAGGGUUUUAUGCAGGUUUUAAGUUUGGCGUGACGGCCUUUCUUGGUUGAAUUGGCGCUUCAAAACCUCAUGACACUGCCCUUUUCCCCACAUAAGAUCCAACUACAAGAAUGCAGGGACGAUAAUCUGGAAUGUACAGGAAAAAGCAUUGGAAAUGGGCAUCUUUGCUUCAUCGCAGAUCGUGACAAGGACGAACUCGCUUUUGUUGACGAUUCGGCUGUAGUGUUUGAGGUUCUCUAAGUUUUUAUGUUUUCAGGACUAGUUUGUUAUUAUUUAUGAUUGCGCUUUUUUAAUGCUUUUAAUAGUAUAGAAGUAUGUUUUCUUCAAAUUUAUUAAAUUAAUGAGCCAUAGUAAUGUUUGGUUUGGUUUAGUCGUUUCUGUAUCUUUUAAUUUCUGGGACCUUUUUCUCGUCCACAACAUGGAAUCCGCAUGAAAGCCAAAAGAUAUGGAGAGUUGAUUAAGGAAGAUGCAGAUGCAUCUAACACGUGACAGGGCACAGGCUAGGCAUUGUUAGCUUAUCCUUUAUGUAUACUGCACGUCACGAAAGUAUAUUUAGUCAUAAUACCCUCCUCAUCAGCGUUGAAUAAGCCCUACAGGUCCCAGGAAAAGUUUAUUUCCAUUUAAGUUGCUAUUUGAUUUUAUAUCGAAUUUUCUUUAAAUCUUCCCUUUGUUUUAAUUACAAUCUACAACAUAUUUUGUAAAUACUUGUAUAUUAUACUAUAUACGCCCGUAACAAAGCGAUGAAUUUUGAA